GAGACGGAGUCUUGCUCUUGCUCAGGCUGAUUUCGAACUCCAGACCUUGAGCGAUCUGCCCGCCUGGCCCCACUGAUUCUUGGUGUGCCGAGUUCUGCAGAUCUUACCUUCAGCCUGCUAACCUAGUACUCUCAUCUGUUAAGGUUCUCCAUCUGCUUGACCCAGAAGAACCUGAGUACAGCUAAAAGUCCUAGAUCCAGGACUUUUGGCACAGUGAUUGUUUCAUAAAUGAUUAUGUUUGUCAGUUAGUGACCUCUCUGCUUAAGUAGAGUUUACAGUUACCUGUGUUAUAUCAUCCUUCCUGGGUAUAGGUUCAGCCUACAUUUCCUCAUGAGCCAGGUUCUCUCUGCCUUUGUUUACCCUCUUGGCAGUUGGAUUAAAGAAGUGUUUUUGCUUUUGAGGUUGGGAGGGAGAGAGUAUCAGAAUUAUAUAUUAUUUAUAUGGUUUUAAUUCCUCUGUAGCCUAGGGCCUAGAUGAGUUUCAGCUUUUCAUUCCAGCCAUCUGACUCUUGCUUUCUAAGAAAGCACAUGAGUAUGAGUUUGACUUGAAUUAGUAAAAACUUUGGGCCCUAAUCAGUAGAUAUGGGUAUAAUUUGCAAAGAUUGAUAGGAAGGAGUGUGGCUAAUUCAACAAUGAAUUUAAAUAAUUCUCAGAUAUUGAACAUUUGUGUGUAGUUCAUCAGAUUGCGUGUGCUUACCAAAAAGCUACUUUCAGUAAUAAAUAAAUGUUAACUCUAUCAUUAAUAGGUCAUUGAGCUUUCCCUCAAGCUGUUUUAGAAUUCAGAAAGUUUUUGACUCUUUCCAUGUAAUUUUGUUUUUUUUUUUUUACAUAAUGAAACCAAGGGCCAAAGAAUUCCUUUUGGAAUAACAUUUUCUUAGAAACUGCUAUUCUUACUACUAGAUCCAAUUCACAAGUAUAAUAAUUAUUUUGCAUAAAAUACUCCAUCUUCCCUCUUAAUGUUUCGCUUCCUCUUCUAUGUCCCACUGCCCAAGGGGUCUGCCAAGACUUUUGGUUGCUAGUGACAUGAAACAGAGCAGGAAUGAUAAUGUGUUUGCUCUUGCAUCUGAAAAGGCAGAGGUGUCAGUGCUGCCCUUCAAGCACCUCUGAAUUAAAGGCCUUAAACCAUAUUAAAUGAUACCAGUAGGAGUCUUUAUGUCCCUCUGCUUUCUUCAAGUGGUGGCAGGUUCUGACGCUCCUUUUCAGCCUCACUGUUAGCCCUGUUUGGGGCACAUGUCCAACUCUGCUGAUCAGUAUCUACAGAGAUGAAAUAGUAUUGGUCAGCCUGAGUCAUGUACACUCAGCUGUAAUGGAGGAGAGGGACCUCCUAACUUGACAGCACAUCAUUUGUGGUGUGGGGUGUGCGGAGUUUCCAAGAGGAGGUUAAAUUAAACCCUACUGACUGAGGGUCUGAUGCGUGUGCUCUAGGCCCAGACCAAUAGAACCAAGGGGGAAGAACUGUGUCUUAUUCGUCUCUCUGUUCCCAGCACAGCGGCUGAUAAAGUGUAGGCUUUCCCAAAAUGAUUGAUGAACAGAUGAACAAUGGUAUGGUUCUAUUAAAUUGGAUAUUUUCUCUUUUUUGUAUGCCAUGAGCUAAGAGAAUUGACUGAAAGGAGCUCUCCUUGGUAUAGGAAUAAUGAUGCUGAUCUGGUAAAAAGAGCCAUCCUGAUAAUCAAGGAGGCCAAAGAGAAAGAAUCAACUACCAAGGGGCAAAUCUAGGGAGAAAGUAAGCCCAGUUCUAGAAUAAUUUUUGGCAUCGUCCUCCCUAAGAGUAAAGGUUGUAAAUAUUUUAUUUUAGCUCUCUUUGCUUUCAAAAGUGAGGAAAGAGCCCUUAAUUAACUUGGGCAGAGGCAAUUUCUUACCUAUUCUGUUCCCAUCCCUCAGUCACUUAAGUAUGGGCUCCUUGUCCAAAUUUCUAAUUUAGAGGGGUUUUAAAGGUGGGAAAGGAGGCCUGGAGUACUUCUUGUAAAGGUUUUUAAAUGAGAACCAAAUAGAUAACAUUAACAAACUCCUCCUAACCAGCUUGUUGAUUUGAAUUUACAUUUCUUAACAGCAAGCAGUAGGCUAAAAGAAAAACAGGGCCCUUGAGUUCUUACCUGUGAUAAUUCUAGCAUUGACUGGUUGGUAGAGUUUGAUAGAGACUUUCUCUCAAGGAAUUGUUUAGCUUGAAAAAUACUUUUCUUCUUGAGAAAAGCUCAAGUAGUAUAUACAAGAAAUGGUAACAGUGGCUGCUUCUAGGCAGGGGAGCUGCGUGGCUGGAGGAGAGGAGUUGGAGGGAGGCCUUCUUUGCUUAUAUUCCUAUACUGUGUGUUUGGCUUAUCAACUUUUAAAAAGUGUUUAAAGCAAAAAAACCAGAAUAAUCUUUGUAAAUGCUUUCAAGUUUGCUAACACAUAUGACAGUGAUGCUGAAAAGGAGAGUCAGAACCUGCCACCACGUGUUAUUCAAGCUCGAGAUAGACAAAAUCUUAGAAAUGGCCUCUAUAAACAAAUACAUGGAGGGUACCUCCAUCUGGUGAAAGGGACAGAUUAUAGAACUCCCAGUGUUAUUAGAAAUGAGAAAUCUGCUUAUGAAGACAUUUAUACUCUUAACUCACAACAUUCUACAUCUUUCAAUGUAAACAUUAAAAUAGAUUACUCCUAGUUGCUAAGCAUGGAACAAAAAAACAUUUUUAGGUAUAGCAUUUCCCAUUAAGCAGUGUCACUAUUGUGUUUGUCUCUUAAAUUCAGUCAAAAUAAGUAAACCUGGACUGACUUUUAUGAAUUUUAAGUUUCUUAAAACUGAACUCCCUAAUGAGCAUACUCACUUUUUCAGAACUAUGGGUGGAUCAAUUGGGUACCUACCAGGCAGUGAGGUACUUCGUCUGGAUGCCUUAAAAGGACUGUGUUGGCUGUAAACUUUGAUACUUCAUGUAGGAUCUUUUGAGACUUCUAAGUUCUGGUAAUAUCCAGAUUCAGAAUUUCUAGGAGUUAUUGUUUGAUUUGAAACUAUGUUCCAACUUCCUGUCAACAAUCUUGGCAGUUUAAGAAAAGCCCGGAAAACUGUGAAAAAAAUACUUAGUGACAUUGGGUUGGAAUACUGUAAAGAACAUAUAGAAGAUUUUAAACAGUUUGAACCUAACGACUUUUAUUUGAAAAACACUACAUGGGAGGAUGUAGGACUAUGGGACCCUUCACUUACAAAAAACCAGGACUAUCGGACAAAACCUUUUUGCUGCAGUGCUUGUCCAUUUUCCUCAAAAUUUUUCUCUGCCUACAAAAGUCAUUUCCGGAAUGUCCAUAGUGAAGACUUUGAAAAUAGGAUUCUCCUUAAUUGCCCCUACUGUACCUUCAAUGCAGACAAAAAGACUUUGGAAACACACAUUAAAAUAUUUCAUGCUCCAAACGCCAGCGCACCAAGUAGCAGCCUCAGCACUUUCAAAGAUAAAAACAAAAAUGAUGGCCUUAAACCUAAGCAGGCUGACAGUGUAGAGCAAGCUGUUUAUUACUGUAAGAAGUGCACUUAUCGAGAUCCUCUUUAUGAAAUAGUUAGGAAGCACAUUUACAGGGAACAUUUUCAGCAUGUGGCAGCACCUUACAUAGCAAAGGCAGGAGAAAAAUCACUCAAUGGGGCAGUCCCCUUAGGCUCCAAUGCCCGGGAAGAGAGUAGUAUUCAUUGCAAGCGAUGCCUUUUCAUGCCAAAGUCCUAUGAAGCUUUGGUACAGCAUGUCAUCGAAGACCAUGAACGCAUAGGCUAUCAGGUCACUGCCAUGAUUGGGCACACAAAUGUGGUGGUUCCCCGAUCCAAACCUUUGAUGCUAAUUGCUCCCAAACCUCAAGAGAAGAAGGGUAUGGGACUCCCACCAAGAAUUAGUUCCCUUGCUUCUGGAAACGUCCGGUCUUUACCAUCACAGCAGAUGGUUAAUCGACUCUCAAUACCAAAGCCUAACUUAAAUUCUACAGGAGUCAACAUGAUGUCUAAUGUCCACCUACAGCAGAACAACUAUGGGGUCAAAUCUGUAGGCCAGGGUUAUGGUGUUGGUCAGUCGAUGAGACUGAGUCUAGGCGGCAACGCUCCAGUGUCCAUCCCUCAACAAUCUCAGUCUGUGAAGCAGUUACUUCCAAGUGGAAAUGGAAGAUCUUAUGGGCUUGGGUCAGAGCAGAGGUCCCAGGCACCAGCACGAUACUCCCUGCAGUCUGCUAAUGCUUCCUCUCUCUCAUCAGGCCAGCUAAAAUCUCCUUCCCUCUCCCAGUCCCAGGCAUCCAGAGUGCUAGGUCAGUCCAGUUCUAAGCCUCCUGCAGCUGCCACAGGCCCACCCCCAGCCAACACUUCCUCAACUCAGAAGUGGAAAAUAUGUACAAUCUGUAAUGAGCUUUUUCCUGAAAAUGUCUACAGUGUGCACUUCGAAAAAGAACAUAAAGCUGAGAAAGUCCCAGCAGUAGCCAACUACAUUAUGAAGAUACACAAUUUCACUAGCAAAUGCCUUUACUGCAAUCGCUAUUUGCCCACAGAUACGCUGCUCAACCAUAUGUUAAUUCAUGGUCUGUCUUGUCCAUAUUGCCGUUCAACUUUCAACGAUGUGGAAAAGAUGGCUGCACACAUGCGGAUGGUUCACAUUGAUGAAGAGAUGGGACCUAAAACAGAUUCCACUUUGAGUUUUGAUUUGACAUUGCAGCAGGGUAGUCACACUAACAUCCAUCUCUUGGUGACCACAUACAACUUGAGGGAUGCCCCGGCUGAAUCUGUUGCUUACCAUGCCCAGAAUAAUCCUCCUGUUCCUCCAAAGCCACAGCCAAAAGUUCAGGAAAAGGCAGAUAUCCCUGUUAAAAGUUCACCUCAAGCUGCAGUGCCCUAUAAAAAAGAUGUUGGGAAAACCCUUUGCCCUCUUUGCUUUUCAAUCCUAAAAGGACCCAUAUCUGAUGCACUUGCACAUCACUUACGAGAGAGACACCAAGUUAUUCAGACGGUUCAUCCAGUUGAGAAAAAGCUCACCUACAAAUGCAUCCAUUGCCUUGGUGUGUACACUAGCAACAUGACCGCCUCGACUAUCACUCUGCAUCUAGUUCACUGCAGGGGUGUUGGAAAGACCCAAAACGGCCAGGAUAAGACAAAUGCACCCUCUCGGCUUAAUCAGUCUCCAGGCCUGGCACCUGUGAAGCGCACUUACGAGCAAAUGGAAUUUCCCUUACUGAAAAAGCGAAAAUUAGAUGAUGAUAGUGAUUCACCCAGCUUCUUUGAAGAGAAGCCUGAAGAACCUGUUGUUUUAGCUUUAGACCCCAAGGGUCAUGAAGAUGAUUCCUACGAGGCCAGGAAAAGCUUUCUAACAAAGUAUUUCAACAAACAGCCCUAUCCCACCAGGAGAGAAAUCGAGAAGUUAGCUGCCAGUUUGUGGUUGUGGAAGAGUGACAUUGCUUCCCAUUUUAGUAACAAAAGGAAGAAGUGUGUCCGUGAUUGUGAGAAGUACAAACCUGGUGUGUUGCUGGGCUUUAACAUGAAAGAAUUAAAUAAAGUCAAGCAUGAGAUGGAUUUUGAUGCUGAGUGGCUAUUUGAAAAUCAUGAUGAGAAGAAUUCCCGAGUUAAUGCUAGUAAGACUGCUGACAAAAAGCUCAACCUUGGGAAGGAAGAUGAUAGUUCUUCAGACAGUUUUGAAAAUUUGGAAGAAGAAUCCAAUGGAAGUGGUAGCCCUUUUGACCCUGUUUUUGAAGUUGAGCCUAAAAUCCCUGAUGACCCAGAGGAACAUGUCCCAAAGGUAACUCCUGAGGAUCCUUUAGAAUCUGAGGAAAAGCUAGACCAAAAAGAAGAGGAUGGUUCAAAGUAUGAAACUGUUCAUUUGACUGAGGAACCAACCAAACUAAUGCAUGAUGCUUCUGACAGUGAGGUUGAGCAAGAUGAUGUUGUUGAGUGGAAAGAUGGUGCUUCUCCAUCUGAGAGUGGGCCUGGUUCCCAACAAGCAUCAGACUUUGAGGACAAUACAUGUGAAAUGAAACCAGGAACCUGGUCUGAUGAGUCUUCUCAGAGUGAAGAUGCAAGGAGCAGUAAGCCAGCUGCCAAAAAAAAGGCUACCAUGCAAAGUGACAGAGAGCAGUUGAAAUGGAAGAAUAGUUCCUAUGGAAAAGUUGAAGGGUUUUGGUCCAAGGACCAGUCACAGUGGAAGAAUGCAUCUGAGAGUGAUGAGCGCUUAUCUAACCCCCAAAUUGAGUGGCAGAAUAGCACAAUUGACAGUGAGGACGGAGAGCAGUUUGACAACAUGACUGAUGGUGUAGCUGAGCCGAUGCAUGGCAGCUUAGCCGGGGUCAAACUGAGCAGCCAACAGGCAUAAGUGCCGGGGUCCCUGGCAUUAGAGACAUGCUACAGCCUGGAACUGUUCUCCAUUCAGUAUGACUGCAAAGCUAUCUUCUAACUGGUACUGCCUUGUGAGCACUCGUCAGCAGACUGUGGGACAUGUGGCUGCUGCGGUUCCAGUGGUUAUUUCUAAGUCUAUGACACAUGAUUGGCUGAUCUUGCUUCAGAACCUUCUCUGACAGACAUAGUAACUAAAUAUGAAAAACCAAUAAGCUGGUGGCUUAUGAAUGCACACGAGGAAAAGCAGAGGUCUAUUUUAUCUGCCUUUUCAACAUUUCUUUCCCUCUGUAAAAUGUUUGGUUGGCUGUCCUUGAGAAGCGUUACACUGAUUCAGAUGGUAGUAUAGGGCCAACAUACGAGCUACCAGUCCAAUGUGUAUGGUAGACUUUGGGAAUAUCGAUUUUUUUUCCAUGUAUUCAUUCUGAAUAGUUGAAAUGUAUAUUUGUACAGUCUUUUAGACCUAUUCAAGUGAUGCUUAUGAUAUUGUUAUUGUGUGCCCAUCAUAGAUUUGUUUCUUUUUUUAGUGUUGCCCUUGCUGUGUAAUAAACGCUAUAUCUAGUUUACCUAGCAAAAGCUUGAAACUGCGCUAGUAAGGACUUUUGGACAGACUUAGUUUUUGCACAUAACCUUGUACAAUCUUGCAACAGAGGCCAGCCACAUAAGAUAUAUAUCUGGACUCUCUUGUAUUAUAGAAUUUUUCUUGUUCUGAAAAUCCUUGACAUUUCAACUGUCAAAAACUGGUAUUUCAGAUCUGUUUUCUGAAAUCUUUUAAGCUAAAAUCACAUGCAAGAACUGACUUUGCAACUACUAAUUUUGACACCUUUUAGAUCUGUAUAAAAAGUGUGUUGUGUUGAAGCAGCAAACCAAUGAGUGCUGCCUUUUGGAUAUUUAGUUUUAUCUUUAGUUAAACACCACUCUGGUGUAUUCAUUUAUACCAUCUAAUAUAUGACACACUGUUGUAGUAUGUAUAAUUUUGUGAUCUUUAUUUCCCUUUGUAUUCAUUUUAAGCAUCUAAAUAAAUUGCUGUAUUGUGCUUAAUGUAAA